CAGUGCGGCAGCAGCUCAAUACUGAAGCAGCUCAACCUAAAGAAUCAAGAGGCAUCAUGAAUUCCACUGAACUGACCGCUGAUCCAGUUUGCAGAGGGGCAUUGUGCAUUUUCUAUGCAGUAGCCAAUGUGAUCAUCUUCAUCCUGGGUGUUGGUGGGAAUGGUCUGGUGAUCUGGAUCACGGGGUUUAAGGUGAAGAAGUCAGUCGUCAACACCUGGUACCUGAGUCUGGCCCUGUCUGAUUUCCUGUUCUGCUGCACUCUGCCCUUCAGUGUCAUCCACGUCAUAAUGAAGGACUGGAUCUUUGGGCUCUUCAUGUGCAAGUUGAUGUUCUUCGCUGUGUACUUUAACUGGUUCAGCAGCAUCUUUGUUCUUGCCAUCGUCAGUGUGGAUCGUUGUGUGCUUGUUAAGUUUCCAGUGUGGGCGCAGAACAAGCGCACCGUCAGAAAGGCCUCUGUGAUCGUCCUGUUAGUCUGGAUCAUCUCUGCAGCGUACUGCCUACCAACAGCAUAUUCCCUAGAAGUUCUGAACGAUGAAUACAAUCAAACCAAAAAUUGCUUCUACAGCUACACGAUGCAAGAGGAGGAGAUCGUCGAUGUAAUAUUUGAUUUCAUUUUUGGAUUUGUGAUCCCCUUCCUGAUCAUUGUCAUCUGUUACGCCAUCAUCAUACGAAAGCUGAAGACCAACCAGAUGGCGAAGUCCAAAAAGCCCUUCAAGAUCAUGACGGCACUGAUUGUUACUUUCCUAAUCUGCUGGCUGCCUUAUCACACGUUUACUUUGAUGGAUCUAAACUAUGAAAAAUAUAAAAGGUUUAUUGAUACAGGAUCUACAAUUGCUGUCAUAUUUGCCAAUGCCAACAGCUGCCUCAACCCGUUCCUUUACACCUUUACAGGGAAGGACUUUAAGAAACAGUGUUAUACACUUCGAUCAAAGAUUGAGAAUGCGUUUGAGGAGGAUGAGGAGAGUAAGAGCAAAGGCCGAGGGACAGCUUUCAUCACUCCCGGAGAAGGCAAGCUUUUGACAACUGGGUGCAGUUUGGAAAGUGUUUGAACAAUGUCAUAGUUUCGUUUAAUUUGAAUGUUUUAUUGCUGUAUAAGACUGAAUAAUCAUUCUCAUGACAUGAAAUGAACUUUGCACUAUUAUGGCUGUGGGCCAUUGGAUAUUGGGGUAUUGGAUGGUCUUUGAGUCACUGUUGUAAGGUUUAAGCACAAAGAAAGACCACUCAGGAUGCUCACUAUGACUCAAUUGAUUGUUCCCAAGAAGUGCAUGGGCUUUUUUUAGAAGAUUGUACAUGAUUAACAAAAUUCAGGGAUAUAUGUGGCCAUCACGGAUGUCUCAGGAGAAGUGAGAUGUUUGAAUACUACCACAAAAUAUUGCAUAAGUCAUCUCAGAGGCAGAGGGCAUGCUGCAACACACAGUGUGAUUCUUUUCCAAGAACCAAAGUCAUCACAGGAACUAAAAGUCAUGAACCGAUUUCCUGAAACUCGGAUCAUCAGCAGAAAAAUCCCCAGCUUCAGGUAACUUAAAAUAAAUAAAAAACUCAAAGUGAGCCAUUUUCACUCAAAUAUAAACCGUUUCAGAGGAAUAUUCAUGAGCGUAGGAAGUGACUUCUAGCGACUUUUAGGACAGCCAAUAGCUACUUUCCUUACUGAGGAGUUGGCAACACUGCGGUGCGCUUUCACUGCCUCAGUUUCAACAAGGUAGUGAUCACAUCUGGGUAGGUCACCUCUGACAAGCGUUUAAAUCAGAGGAAAAAAAACUUCGAUUUUAAAUCCUUAUCAAAAGAAUCAGGAAAAGAGGUUUGAUCAUUAAUUACUCAUUUCUGACCAUAUGUUUGUUCUGUUUUCGGGAGACUUUUGCUCGUCAUUUUGACAGCUGUAUACUUGAAAAUAGCGCCACCGGAAGCGUCAAAGGAACAGACAUGCGCAGUAGCUUUCUUAUUGUUUUCCUCAUUGAAACGGUCUAUAAACCAGACAGAUAACUCUGUGUACACAUAAGCCUUGGACUUAGACUCUUGGAGACCUGUCACUGCUUAUACUGAAUCGCAUGGUAACUUCUCAGUUAACAGUAUUUGCUUCUCUCAAAAGGGAUCACAGCAAAACGUAAACAUGUGUGAACUUGUUGGAAGGUCCAGAAAAGGUCCUGUUUAUUGUGUGAUGAUAUGAAGUGUAUAUGAAUGUUGUUGGUUGAACAGAGAGACAGAGAAGACAUCAAAAUGAUAAAUUAUAAAAACGAAAUAAAAAGAGAAACUAAAACAAACAAAAAAAUGAUUGGGUACCUUGAUAUUGCAAUUCACAACCUAUUGCAAGCAUCAAAGAUUGUGUUUUCAGGUGUAAUAAAAGAUCUAUGCAUGGCACCGAGUGGUCCAGCGGGCUGAGCGCUGCCACUAUGAUCAGGAGAUCUCUGGUUCGAAUCCCAAACAUGCAGCUUGCCACCAGCUGUCGGAGCCCCGACAGAGCACAAUUGGCCUCUGGGUGGAUACAGCAGAUGGGGCUCUUUCGCCCAUAUCACUCUAAAGGGUGAUGUGGAUCAGCACAAGGCUGCGUCUGUGAGCUCAUGUACAGGAACCGAGUAGAUGUGCUUUCCUCCGAGUGCGCUGUGGUUCUACUCGGCAAUGCUGACUUUACAUGUGUUGAAGGUGGCAUGUGCUAGUCUUCACACUCCUUGUGUUGUGGCAUCACAAGUGAUAUAUAGGGAUAUACUAGGGAUAUACAGCUGAGUAGCUGCUGAACAGGAGGCUAAAUUGGGAGAAAAAAUUUAAAUGAAGAAAAAUCUUUAAAAAAAGGUUGGUGAGAUUGUCAGUUGUGUUGUUAAAUGUAUCACUCUGCAUGUCUUUUACUGUAAGACUAAUAAACCAUAGUCUAAUCAUAAUGAAGCCAUCUUGUGCCAAAUGAGAAGAUUAAAUAAGAUUUAAAAAUCUGAACCAG